AUGUUCAAUUUUGCAAAGACCGUGAAGAUCACGGCGGCUAUUGCUUCCAUUUGGAUACUUAUAGUCUUGUUCUACAGUUUUCGCGAUGCAUCAUUUCCUCUUCCGUCGCCGUCUCGAAAGAUAAAUACAAAUCCGCAUGCACAAAGCUUGGAACCGAUCAAAUUGGGCGCACGAUACUUCCUCGAUUAUCCGCUAAAAGACGAACCGAAAGAGAUAUUUGGGGAAUUGGGACAGAGGACACAGCUUAUACGAACGUGGAUCGAAGAACUGGAGCACCAUGGUCGGGACGAGAAGCGUGAGAUAGCGGAACUGAUCGGACGAUUGACCGAGUCUUUAUAUCCAUGGCUUAACUCGAAGAAGGGAAUCUCGCCGCCUCUAGCCAAUAUCUAUGACAGACUUGGACUGUCAUACAAAACAACGAGCGCUUCGAAAGUGAAGAAAGGGUCAGCGGGGAUAGUAAUACCUACCGGCGACAAAACCCUACGUUUCGCCUGUCACCUCAUCGCCUCUUUAACGCGAGUACACAAGACGUCCCUACCGAUCCAGGUCGUGUACGCAGGCGACAAGGACUUAUCAGCCGAGGGACGAAAGAAAAUACAACAAGCAGCCGAUGGCGUCAAGAUUGACAUGCUGGAUAUCCUUACUGUCUUCGACGACACGACUCUGGAUCUCGCGAAUGGUGGCUGGGCGAUAAAACCAUUUGCCACAUUAGCAAGUCCUUAUGAGAAAGUAAUUCUUCUAGACGCAGAUACAGUAUUCCUACAGGAUCCACGACAACUCCUCCUCCAAGAUCGGUUCAACGAAACUGGUGCUUUACUCUUCCACGAUCGACUCCUUUGGAAGGGUGGAUUUAAAGACCGACAGGAUUGGUGGCAUGAUCAGAUUAAACACCCGAGUCCUGAGACUGAGAAAUCGCUUGUCUGGACAGAGCGAUAUUCUGAAGAAGGAGACUCGGGGACUGUGGUGGUUGACAAAGGAAGACUUGAUGUCCUGCUGGCAUUGAUACAUAUCGGGUGGCAGAAUUCAGAGAGGGUACGAAAUGAAGUUACGUACAAGAUUACAUAUGGAGAUAAGGAGAGUUGGUGGAUUGGAUUCGAAGCGACAGGGUCGAGAUACUCUUUCUCGCCUCACUACGGCGGAAUAGUUGGCUGGCUCCAAGACAAACCCAAGGAAGUCCGCGUCUGCAGCUUCGUAAUAGCACACGUCGACCAAACUGACAAACUCCUCUGGUACAACGGCGGUUUACUAAAGAACAAAGCUGUUAAUCAGAAGGAGUUCGAAGUACCGACGCAUUGGAUGAUUGAUCAGACGUGGCAUAAGGGCGGGAGUAAGAAGGAUAUGAGUUGUAUGGCAGGAAAGACAGCAAAGGAGUUAGAGAGUGGAGAGAAGGAUGUUUUGAAGAGGGCUAUAGAUGUUGCGAAGGAUGUUGAUGAGACAUUAAAGCUGAUAUGA